AUGGAUGUUAAAAUUGCAUUUUUGCACGGGUUUGUUACUGAGGAGGUUUACAUGAAGCAGCCUCCUGGUUUUAUUCAUCCCGACUAUCCUAAUCAUGUUUGCAAGCUAACCAAAGACAUAUAUGGCUUGAAACAAGCUCCCCGGGCUUGGUUUCAUCGCUUCAGUGCAUUUCUUAUUUCUCAUGGGUUUGCUUGCAGAAAAUCUGAUAGUUCUAUGUUUAGUUAUCGCUCUUCUUCUCAUGUCCUUAUUGGAUUACUCUAUGUCGAAGAUAUCAUUCUCAUAGGUAGUCAUAAUGGUCUUCUUGAUCAAUUCAUUUCUCGUUUAUCUCAUCAGUUUGCUAUGAAGGACUUAGGCAAUCUCCAUUAUUUUCUUGAUAUUCAAGCAGUUCGUACAUCUCACAGUCUUCACCUGUCUCGGCUAAAGUACAUUUGUUACUUAAAUUUCACAUGCAAACCAGUUCGUACUCCCCUUGCUUCUCGCAAUUCUAUUUCUCUGGUGGACGGUGAGUUACUUUCAGAUCCUAGUGAAUAUAGGAGCAUGGGUGGUGCUCUUCAAUAUUUGACUAUGACUCGUCCGGAUAUUGCCUAUGCUGUAAAUGUUGUCUCUCAAUUUAUGCAUGCUCCCCGUACCACUCACAUGCAUUGUGUCAAGCGUAUUUUUAGGUACUUGCAGGGUACUCUAACUUAUGGUCUGACUUUGCGUGCCCUAUCUCCGACUUCCAUGCGAGCAAAGAAGCAACCAACAGUUUCAAAAUCGUCUACAGAGGCUAAGUACCGGGCUAUUGCAUAUGCUGUUGCUGAGACUUGUUGGAUUCGUCAUAUCCUUUGUGAGCUUGACAAAGCUCUCACGUUGAGAGCAUCGUGGGGAGAAUACUAUUCUUCACACCUGCCACCUCCCAUCAGCAACAGUUACCAGUUAUCUCCAAUUAAAGAGAAAACUGACUGUAAAAGACCAUGUUGCUCGAACUUUGCAAAAAUAUCGUUAGCUGCAUGUCAGAUCCUCCUGAAGUAG